AGUGCCUGAGGACCUCUCCUUAGAAGAGAGGGAAGAACUUUUAGACAUUCGUAGAAGAAAAAAGGAACUUAUUGAUGACAUCGAGAGGCUGAAGUAUGAAAUCGCGGAGGUGAUGACGGAGAUCGACAAUCUGACGUCUGUGGAGGAGAGCAAAACUUCGCAGAGGAACAAGCACAUGGCUGUGGGAAGGAAGAAGUUCAACAUGGACCCCAAGAAGGGGAUCCAGUUUCUGGUGGAGAACGACCUGCUGCAGAGCGCCCCCGAGGACGUCGCCCAGUUCCUGUACAAGGGCGAGGGCCUGAACAAGACCGUCAUCGGGGACUACCUGGGGGAGAGGGAUGAAUUUAACAUUAAAGUUCUUCAGGCUUUUGUCGAACUCCACGAGUUUGCUGAUCUCAACCUCGUCCAAGCCUUAAGGCAGUUCCUGUGGAGCUUCAGGCUCCCAGGGGAGGCCCAGAAAAUCGACCGCAUGAUGGAGGCGUUUGCAUCUCGCUACUGCCUGUGCAACCCUGGCGUCUUCCAGUCCACAGACACGUGCUACGUGCUGUCCUUCGCCAUCAUCAUGCUCAACACCAGCCUGCACAACCACAACGUGCGGGACAAGCCCACAGCCGAGCGCUUUGUCACCAUGAACCGCGGCAUCAACGAGGGCGGGGACCUGCCCGAGGAGCUGCUGAGGAACUUGUACGAAAGCAUCAAGAACGAGCCGUUCAAGAUCCCGGAGGAUGAUGGCAACGACCUGACACACACGUUCUUCAACCCUGACCGCGAGGGCUGGCUCCUGAAGCUGGGGGGGCGCGUGAAGACCUGGAAGCGGCGGUGGUUCAUCCUGACCGACAACUGCCUCUAUUACUUCGAGUACACCACGGAUAAGGAGCCCCGGGGCAUCAUCCCGCUGGAGAACCUCAGCAUCAGGGAGGUGGACGACCCCCGGAAGCCCAACUGCUUCGAGCUUUAUAACCCGAGCCACAAAGGGCAGGUCAUCAAAGCCUGUAAGACAGAGGCUGACGGCCGCGUGGUGGAGGGCAACCACGUGGUGUACCGCAUCUCUGCGCCCAGCCCCGAGGAGAAGGAGGAGUGGAUGAAGUCCAUCAGGGCCAGCAUCAGCAGGGACCCUUUCUACGACAUGCUGGCCACACGGAAAAGGAGGAUUGCCAAUAAAAAGUAGCUUUCCUGGCCCGAACAGGUAAAAGUAAAAGCCAAACCCUCAGCAGAAAGUGGCUGGGAGGCCUGCCCGCGACACCCUGGACCCAGCAGGCCCUUUGCAGGACGCAUCCCAGGAAGCCCACGCUGGUGGCCUGGCCUGGGCUCUCCGCAGCCCCGGCUCGUCUGGAGCGGGCGCCCAGCCUCCCCCCGGCCCAGCGGCCCGUCCACAGCAUCCCCUCGGCUCCACGCGGCAGCGGCGCCUGGACAGUCUGUGCAGCGGACUCGGGUUCGAGGUCUGUCCUGGAGCCUCGCUCGUACUGGCUGCCACACGUGCUCCUGCGUGGCAGUGUCCACUGUUCCAGAAGCCUCUGCGUUAUAUCAAAACAGGGAAGGAAAAGCUACCACUUUUAUAUUCAGAUUUUUUCUCAGAUAUAUAGGAUUAUAGCUUUUAUAUGACUUUUUAUAUUCUGAAGUUACAAUGACAGAUACUUUCUAAUAGUAGUAUUUUUAGAAUGGCAGCUAUAAAUUUAACUCCUGACACAAGUAUAUACUGUGCACUGAAAAACAAAUUAUAUAGACACUACAUAUGCCGCAGCGGGGGGGUGGGCACUGGCGUGGGCCUUGCUUGUGUUGUUUCAAGCGCCGCUGCUCUGUGGGUGCCCUCUUCCCUCCUGGGACAGGGAGGGGACCUGUGUCCUUGAGGACCACGAACACUGGGCAGGGCUUCAGGUGUCCAUUCCCCUGGGACCUCUCAACUCAGAGUUGGUGACCCCACAGAUACUUUCUGAAAGGCCAGUCAUUGAAUUGGUGUCUGAGGGCAUUUGCCUGGUAGCUGCUGAACUCCAGCACAGAUGUCUGUGUGGAACUGUGUGACUCCGCCAACGUUUGACUGUUUCUGACCCCCACAAGCUGCGGUCUCAUACAGUUCAACGGCACGGGGUUCAGGCCAGCGUGAGACCACUGUCUUCACUAUUCAGACCUGUGGGCAAAGUGGAUGCUUGUGUCACUGACCUAAUGGACCAGAUUUCCAAAUGUGUGGGUAUGCAAGGAACUAGAAAUAUCUCGUUCCUGUCUCCGAGGCUUGCUCUCCCGUCGAGAGGAGGACGAGCGAGCCGUGGCGGGUGCGCAGCACCUAGGGACUCCUGUAAAUACUUUAAAACCCCAAGUGCAUGCUGGUGGUGGAACUUACGAAGGCCCGCGACCAGGCUGCUGUCAGGAGUACGUUUGUCGGGCCCCAGCAUGUCCCGAACGGCCGAGGUGCACAAGUGGGCAGGGCUGGAGGCCACAUGCUGGGGCAGGACGUGCUGGUUCUUAAGUGGCAUGGCCUUUCUUUUUCUUGGGAGCUUCAUUCCCAUCACCAGGGCCACCUUGCCCACCCACCUGGGCUGUUCCGGUGGUGGGUCCCUUACCCCCAGCAGCUCCCCCUGCCCUGUCGCAUAGGCACAGCCUGAAUUUGCACCCUUCAGAGGUCAUUACUCCUGUGUGAAGUCCAAGUCAGAGAACCUCAGACUGACCUAUGCACUUGAUGGAGAUCCCAGCGGCAGGAGGGACCGUUCCUGAGUUGCCUUGCUGGGACUUGGUGGCUGUGGGCCCUUGGCCUUGGAGCAGCUGACCUUGACGUAGCUUUAAGUCACUAGACUGCAAAGGGUCUGACCCUCUGCCCAUGCAUCAAACUGGUUUUUCUGGAUUAUUCCCGAGCUCUUAGGCCUUGUUACUGUACUGAUACCUCACAUUCAAAGCUUUAGUUUUUGAGAAAGGCAAGGCAUCGUCCUUGAAAUGCCUGACUGCUGCAUAGGCAACUGGUCUCCAUCCUCUGCGACCACAGAGACACUUCCUGGCCCGCCUGGCCAAACACUGUUGAAGAUGACUCGGCAGCGCCACCCCUCGGGCUGGCCCCAAGCCCAGGACUGCCCUUGGUGUCGGCUGCUUCAGUAUUUCACACAUGGACAUUCUGUCCUUGCCCAGGUAGGACCCUGGGGAUACAGGGCUCUGUUUUCUGGGUUUGGCCCCAGUGGGGUUGUGAGCGGUGAACCUAAGGAAACCCCCGAGGAGGUGUUUCUCUGGUUGUCUUGGAAGGAGACUCGCUGGAUGGCUGUUCCCCAGGAGGAGCGGCAGAAAGUCGUGGUGCUCAGAUCUGUGUACCUCGCCCUCAGAGUGUUAUGUUACAUAACCUGAUUCUGGGUUUUGUUGUGACAGUAUUAACCUGACAGGCAUGUAGCCAUCACCCCACUAAGCCCUGAGGCAGGCCUAGUGCCUGGACCGCCGUAUGAUCAUGUUCAUCCUCUUCCCUGCCCCCGUCUGUGCUCAGUGCUGAAUGAUCCCCAUCUGGCCAAAGACAUGCUCCCCACCCAGCCUCCCCAAGGCCAAGGCAGGAGGUGUGAGGGGCUCUGGGUGAUGCUGCGGCGCCCACGGGCCUCAGCAGGUGAGGUUUAGCUGGACGACCCUGGACUGACUGACAAACGUCCUCAGGGUCACAGAACAUCUCUGAGCAGUUUAACGUGGUACCAAAUUGUCCAAAUAGAAGCUAUUUAUAGAUGAAGCGAUGCAUAAUACAGCGACAUCGAUGUGCUUUGAGGAAAAGUUAGGUCUGUUGUAGACCAGAAGCCACAUGUGAUCUUAGACAUUUCUAUUUACAGUAAAUAUGGUUGAUAUGUAAAUAGUGUACAUAUAUAUAUUGAUUUCUGGAGUGUUUAUUCAAUGUAUAUACUCCUACAACGUGCAUGAAGAAAUAUCCUGUAUCAAUAUUUUGUUGUAAAUAGUAAAAUUGGAGGGUGUGUGGCUGUCCAAUUGCAAACACUAUGUUCACGAAAUAAAAG